AUGUCGCUUCUUAAGAUGCCCUUACAACAACUCAAUCCUCAUAUCAUGUGUGUGUUGUGUGGUGGGUAUUUGGUGGACGCCACGACUAUCAUCGAGUGCCUUCAUUCUUGUAAGUGUACGCUUGUAUUUCGCCACGACGAACUAAAAACGAUGAUCAAGAGCUGUCUCUGUUGGCGCUGUUAAUCCUGUAAAGCAUUCAAUCCAAGCUUGUUGCAACUUGAGUUGAGUGUGUAUCUAGUGCGAUUUAUAACUAAAAUUGACAUGAUUUUGUCAACGUGAAAUGCGUGCUCUGUAGGAACAUUUGGUUAAAAAGAGAACUCUAACAAAUUUGCUUUUUUAGUUAGCUCUUCGUUGAAACUGAUAACUGACCCAAAGCAAAGAAUUUUCGGGAAGCAUUUGCAGUCAGAUAUCGAAUCACCUCAACGUAUGGUUGUGAGACUGUGUUGAGAGGGCACAGCGCUUUGCCGUUUAGCGAGAAAAAGGAGUUUAUCUCCAUAUUUUGGUAAUUUUUGUAGUAGUCAAGUUGAUUAAAGGAAGCUACUCAACGUUCAGCCUCGAAUAACUGUAUUAUUAUAUAAUCAAGGCUGAUAAUUUUAUUCAAAAAAUAGCAUCUUAAAAUUUUUUUUGUUUAAUGUCGAUUCCCCUACAGUUUGUCGCAGUUGUAUCGUAAAAUAUCUUCAAACGUCGUUUCACUGCCCUGUUUGUGAUGCUGAAGUCCACAAAACCAAACCUCUUUUACACAUUCGGUGAGUGUAGAAUGACUACUUAUGUACGUCGAAUUAUUUUUUGUUAAUAUAUGAGAUCAAUCAUUUACGAAAGUAAGUUUGUUAAUGGCGUCACGGUAAAUCAAACCAUCUGAUGUUUUAGAAAAGGUGGCCGUGACAAAGGAAAUAGAAUGUAAGACUGACGUUCUUUGCAGUCAUACUACUUAAAAUAGAAGUACUAGAGUCGUAAGUUGACCCGGCGGUAAAAUUGCAGGCUUCUCCCGAAAUUCCCAACGACUAUUGUCAACUAACUGUAUUCUUAAUAUAAUGAACGCGGAAGUUAACAAAUCCGGGGCCGCUAAAACAUUCCAAACUUUAUUACACAGUGGAACUUCGAUAUAACGAAGGCUCAAGGGACUGCAUGGCAAAAUCUGUUCGCUAUAAAGAGGUUUCGUUAUAUAGAGGACUUUGUUAUAUAGAGGUUCGUUAUAUCGAGGUUUCACUGUAGUAAGAAUGUCUUAAUUCAGACGAAAGUUCAAGUUGAAGUUAAAUAAAAAAAGGAAAAAAUAAAAUGAACAAACUAAGCUUAGGGUAGCGAGUAAACGAUGACAAUUUUGUUGUUUGCGUUAAGCUGACCAGAAUGUGAAUCUUAAAAAGUUUACGACAUGUAUUGUCCAUUAUAGCCGUCGGGUGCAGGAAAGUCAAUGCUUGAAGGAGUUAUGCAAAUCAGGAUUCUGAAAGAACGCAAACGAUGAUUAAUUCUUGAUCGUUAUGCGCGGGAGAUCGGGAGAUAGGACCCAAUGACCCAGAAGCAAAGAUUCUUUAGUUUUCCCUAACCACAUGAACUGAGGUUGAAAGCGUUGCUUUAGGCAGAAAAACGAAAUUCAAACCGCAAAACUUUCGAUUUUAUAUCUAUAAUUAACUUAUCAUUUUUUGUUUUUUCUUAAGACCCGACCGCCCUCUUCAAGACAUUGUCAACAAACUUGUUCCAGGGAUGGUGUUUGGUACGUGUAAAAAACAAUUUUAAGUACCUGGGUAUAUCGUAUUUUUUGUGUUAUCACCAUCUAGUCUUGACUUGCCGGAUACGAAAAGCACUAAUUCUUGGUUUUUCCACCGUUUCUAGACUCAAUAAAUGGUUUAAACAACCAUUUGGUCCAUUUGGUUCUAUACUGCCCUCAGACUAAAGUGAUUAAAAUUGAUUAAAAAGGUCACAAACAUUGAUUCAUUUUGUCUUAAAAACGAGCCAUGUCCAGCCCUGGCCAUGAAAUCCAGAGUUUCUUCACUUCUUACUUAGUUCUACACUUCCCAGAGGUGUGGAAAAGUCCGACAAAGUAAGGAUAUUGUCGCACUUUUCCCCCAGUCAUGAACCCUUUGUCAUUCUCUACUUAGUUCUACACUUCCCAGAGGUGUGGAAGUGUGGAAAAGUCCGACAAAGUAAGAAUAUUGUCGCACUUUUCCCCCAGUCAUGAACCCUUUGUCAUUCUUUACUUAGUUCUACACUUCCCAGAGGUGUGGAAGUGUGGAAAAGUCCGACAAAGUGAGGACAUUGUCUCACUUUCCCCCAGUCAUGAACCCCUUGCCAUUCUUUACUUAGUUCCACACUUCUCAGAGGUGUGGAAGUGUGGAAUUGUGUGACAAACUAGGGAUAUUGCCGCACUUUUCCCCCAGUCAUGAACCCCUUGUCAUUCUUUAAUUCUUUACUUUGUUCCACACUUCUCAGAGAUCUGGAAGUGUGGAAAAGUCUGACAAAGUAAGGAUAUUGUCACACUUUUCCCCCUGUUAAGAACCCCUUGUCAUUCUUUACUUAGUUCUACACUUCUCAGAUGUGUGGAAACGUCUGACAAAGUCAGGAUAAUGUCACACUUUCCCCCUGGUCGUACGAAACCACUGUCAUUCUUUACUUAGUUCUUCACUUCUCAGAGGUCUGGAAGUGUGGAAAAGUCUGACAAAGUAAGGAUAUUGUCGCACUUUUCCCUCUGUUAAGAACCCCUUGUCAUUCUUUACUUAGUUCUACACUUCCCAGAGGUGUGGAAGUGUGGAACAGUGUGACAAACUAAGGAUACUGCCGCACUUUUCCCCCAGUCAUGAACCCCUUGUCAUUCUUUACCUUGUUCCACACUUUUCAGAGGUGUGGAACUGUGGAAUAGUCUGACAAAGUAAGGAUAUUGUCGCACUUUUCCCCCUGUUAAGAACCCCUUGUCAUUCUUUACUUAGUUCCACACUUCUCGGAGGUGUGGAAGGGUAGAAUAGUCUGAUAAGUUAAGUUUAAUGUCGCACUUUCCCUGAGUCACGAGAAGCUCAGUGCGCUUUAUGAGCACUUGGUUUUAUUUCUGUAUGGUUUUUUACAUUUUUCCUUAAGAACUAUUUUUAUUUUGAAUAGCAGAUAUAACCAUUGUUUCAAUGCCAGCUGUUGAAAGAAACUUAAAGUUAAGAAAUCCGAUCUCCAACCAAGCUUUCUUCUUUAUCAGUACGGGUUCAAAUUUGAUAAUUGUUAGAUCACGCCAUAUAUCCACUGUUUCGCAGUUUUUCCUCUUCUUUAAGGUUAUGUAAAUGCUGGACAUAAAUUAUGAAAAAGAAGCAACAUCACGCUCGGAGGCGAGCGGCUCGAGGCCGAGAAACCUCGAAAAAGAAUUCACCUAAGGGUGACUCUCUAAAGACGAAGAGGAGGGUGGACCAUUCAAAUAGUUUAGUAUUGUAACGUGCCGUAGAGAUAACAUAAAUAUUGCCGACCCUAUAACACGCACCUAAACAGUGAUCCUCCUUUUCCACAGAGAGAUCUGCAGGUAGCUACUCUAGGCCGAUAAGUCACAAUGAUUACUUUAUACAGAAUGCUGUGUAUUUUUAGACCAAUUUAGGUCGUGAACCUGAUGAAGGAAUAGAACAAUAACAAUUGAUUUGAGCAUUUAUGAACUUUAUCAAGUUGAUCUUAAAGUGAGGAAGAUAGAACGCACAUACUCUGCAUUCUUUACUGCCUAUUUUUAGCGUUGUCACGAUCUUAAGAGACCUGACUGUUGUACCCAAUUGAAAGCUCCUGGGGUUAAGAUUCUUUGUGUAUUGUAUUUGUGGCAUUCACAUGUAAAUGAUACGGAAAUUCCUAAAACAAAACGUUUUAUACCCAAAGGGUUUGAAUUGGGUACGACAUUGAGUCAGCCGAAAAGAUCUAUAGGAAGGAGAAAAACCCAGAAUAAGACGUCUCAUAUAUGGCACAUUAAGAUGAAAAAUUUCAAACAUAAAAAUCCAUAGAUGAGAUGACGUUGUUGAGGUUUCCGUUGAAAAAUAAAUAAAUAAAUAAAUAAAUAAACGAAGAUAAAGGACUGAAGGGGACUUCGUGACAGAGAAAACGUAGGCUUGUUUUAUGGUCGGGUAUUCAAACAGAUGGCAGUGAAACAAGGCUAUUAUCUUCUAGUCAUAGAAUUGUUGUCUAAACUUAAAAUAGCAUUUAAAAAGAUGUAAAACGAGUUGCAGGAAUAAAACCAACAAAUACUCCCACUGCGCUUUAUUCUCAUUUCAUACAUAGGAAUGUAACUAAGGAAAGAAUGUCAAGGGAUUCGUGACUGGGGGGAAAGUGCGACAACAUCCUGACUCUGUCAGACUAUUUCAUACUUCCACACCUCUGAGAAGUGUAGAACUAAGUAAAGAAUGACAAGGGGUUCUUAACAGGGGGAAAAGUGCGACAAUAUCCUUACUUUGUCAGACUUUUCCACACUUCCAGAUCUCUGAGAAGUGUGGAACUAAGUAAAGAAUGACAAGGGAUUCUUAACAGGGGGAAAAGUGCGACAAUAUCCUUACUUUGUUAGACUUUUCCACACUUCCACACCUCUGAGAAGUGUGGAACUAAGUAAAGAACGACAGUGGUUUCGUAUGACCAGGGGAAAAGUGUGACAUUAUCCUGACUUUGUCAGACUUUUCCACACUUCCACACCUCUGAGAAGUGUGGAACUAAGUAAAGAAUGACAAGGGGUUCAUGACUGGGGGAAAGUGCGACAAUAUCCUUACUUUGUCAGACUUUUCCACACUUCCACACCUCUGAGAAGUGUGGAACUAAGGAUGAAAAAGGAAAGUAGGGAUCUUGUGGCCAGCACUGGACAUUUGCGUUAAAAACGGAUGAUGGUACAAGGUUAGAGUAAAAUGCCAUCCAUGCUGGCAUUGAAUGGCCACACUUUCAAAUCACUCUUUUAUAUAUUAUCACCUUGAGAUUUUUGUAGAGAAAAAAUAAAACAAAGAAAAAACAUUUACAUUUAAUAAAACAAAAUACUGACUCUAACAGAUUUAAAAGCUAGAAUCCCUUUGUACUGUACGGUCAAGUACCAAAAGAGGGAAUUUUGUUGACACCGUUCAUAUGAAUAGUCUCACUAACUAGAGGUGUUAAUGAUAGAUGAAGAUGAAACAAAUCAUAUAAAGGUAUUAAUUCGUCAACAGACCUGAUGUAGAGCAGGGUAAUAUAACGCAAGUAGAUUGAAGUGAAAAAAGGCGAGGAGGGUGAUAUCUGUUUUCUUUUUCAGACGAACUCAAUCGCCGUCAGGAAUUCCAAGAGAAGACAGAUAAAGUGAAAGAUGAAGAAAACACAGGUCAAAAGUCUGUUCUACUCGAAAAAAAUACAAUACAUUAAAUACAUUUUUUAUAAUUUAACAACGCGAGCUUGGCAUUUGCUUUCUAGAAGGAGGUAUUUGAAAGUAGUUCUUAUAGAACUGGCAUCACGUAUUAGCACAGUGGCGCGUGGUAAAUAUUUUCCAUUUUACUCCAACCUGUAUACAGUUACGGUAAAAUUCCGAAAAUAAGCCCCAGGGCUUAUAUUUUUCAAAGGUCCUUUUUGAGGGGCUUAUUUUUGGAGGGGCUUAUCUACGGAGGGAAAUUUGCGUUUUAAAAUCGAAUGGGCUAGCCUUAUAUUUGGAAGUAAAUUUACCGUUUUUGCUUUGAUUUACUUUGUAUUUGAGGGCAAUUUUCCAAGUACAAGCCCCCGAGGGGCUUAUAUUUGGAGGGACGAUUUAACAGAGGGUUUUUUGCGUUACCGGUUUGGGGGGCUUAUAUUUGGAGGGGCUUAUUUUCGGAAUUUUACGGUAUUUCGAGAAAGGUCGUCGGAAAAACUGUGCACGCGACAAUCCCGAAAGGUAAUAUGGGAUAUGAUCAAUACACUGUUCCUGACACUGUAGCUGUUUAACCUACUUUUGUUACUUUCCUUUAGCCCAUGCAAACAUACGUCCAUGGCCUCUCUUGCCAUUCUUUAAAAUUUCUUGAAAAACAGUGAACUAAAAACCAUCCAUAAUGCCUUUCGGGAUUGUGGCGUGCACUUUUUCCGACAACCUUUCUCGAAAUAGCUGUAUACCCAUUUAAACUUAAUCAGACUUCCUAGAUUUUAAGGUGACCUAAAGGUCUUUUUUCUGUUGGCUGCUGUGAAACAGACAUCUUUAUCCAGCUCUAUUCUUUCCCCUGCUUGCAAGAGUACGCAUAAGAAAGAAUCUGGCGCACAAGAACACGAGUGAAAACACAAAAAAAGAAAUGAAGUUAUCACUUUAUCAAUGUCGCUCUAUGGUUAUAGGAAAGAUAUCCAGGAAAAAUUAAUCGUUUUCCGGCAUAGCCUCCACACGAUAAUGUUUUCUUUCGAAAUUAUUCGGAAUUUUUCAAAAGAAAGGGGAGAAUUCCUCGCCACUGCAGGGAUCGGUAACGUCACUUUCUUUCCCAUUCGUUCUCUCAUUCAGUGUAGUUGGUAUUAUUAUAUUUUUUUGUAGCUAUGUAACAUUCGUCUUGUUUAAAUAUGUUUUACUCUAUAAAAACGUAAGACUUAAAAGAUUUUGUUUUGUUUCACGUUCUUCUCGUCUUUUUUUCUUACAGAUGAACCUAAACCAGAAAUGCCGAAUGAUACUGGAACGAAAAAGAAAAACGGUGUUGAGGCGAGCAUGGAAGAUCCAAUAUGCAUCACCCUAGAAUACUACAGGUUAGUAUGUUAGGCGCUAUCUCAGCUCGAGUAGUGUUAAUUGGAGGUACUUUUCGUAUCAGUUCGUCUUUUCACGUUCAUAUCUCAGACCUUAGUCUUAUUGACGAUUGGAUGAGCAGUGUAAGUAGUUAAAUAAGCAAAAGGAUUUAUUACACUGGCCAUUUAGCCUACAAACAAGCCUCUCUCCUCGGGGGCACGGGGAUGGGAGGCCAGAGCGCCGUGGAGAGCUUGUUCGCCGGCUAAUGGCCAGUCUAAUAAAUGCACUUGCUUAAAGUGAGUCUGUUCUUAGCUCAAAGGAUAUAGCACACGCACACUUGGAUAGUCAAGGCUUCUCAAAUCCGUUCCCGCUUUUCGUGUCAUGGCGAAAAGUAGAUUUUCCAUAUUGUAUUUCGUGCCGAUGUCACAGUGCAACAUACCGUAAAGAGAUUCGUCAACAAGGCAAUAUAUGCCCGGAUAUCUCUCACUGGUUUUUUGAGCUUAUUCCCUUGCGUCAACAACAUUGCUGGCGUGCAUCUGACGACACGGCGGCCAUGUUGGAUGACAAGACAAGGUACAAAAGUGUUUCCCGACCCUGGGAACUAAUAAAACUCUUUAUACAAGCACAUUUUACGAAAACGAUGGGUUUUGUUAACUAACAUGGUCGCCAUGUCAAAUGGUUACUGACCAAGAAUAUCCUCGCCUAAAUUUGUCACUUUAUAACCAUGGAUCGUUGUUUAUAGGAGAAAAAGGAACUGGAAUGAACGUCAGGUAAGUUUCCUUUAACACCACAUAUCUAUCGAUUUUUUGUUGACUAAGUUGCAAAGCCCGACACAUCAUAGUAUUUACUCUUGUUGUUCCUAACCUCUGCACUGAUCUUGAUGCGCAUUUACCAGUUGUGAGAAAGUGUCUUUUGUUCAAAAGGCGGUUUUUGCUGUCAGUUGUAUCACUCGAAAGCAUCAGUUCCAACUAUCCUGAGCUCCAAUACAUCUUUAGAACUAAUAAAACGGUAAAUAAGCGAUGUUAGUGUAUUUCUCAUUAAGAUAUCCUUUUGGUCAUUCUAACGCAUAUCCAUAGAGCGCUUUCGCGUGAAGUCUGACGCGAAACGGCGCGGUACCAAUUGUUGAACUCUUUCCUUAUUAGAACAAUUUUUUCCAAUACAUUUCAAUGGCUUCUUUGAGUGAGAACGCUCUUUAUGAUUUGACAAAAUAAUAAUAAUGAUGAUGAUGAUGAUGAAGAUGAUAACAAUAAUUAUUAUUAUUAUAAAAAUAAUGAUGAUAUCAUUAAUAAUAAUGUAAAAGUAAAAGCACAGUUAGCGUGAAGAUAUGUAGCUCCAUCAAGAUAGUUAUUAGAAAUAGCCGGCGGAGCUCUGGGCGCGCGAAGCGCGGGCGAGCGUAGCCCCAUUCCUAAAAAAAUGUGCUAAUCUACCCAUCUGAUAAAUUUUGGUAAUCACUUGACCGUCCGCCCGUCCGCCCGUCCGCCCGCCCGCUGUCCGUCCGCACCACAGCCAUACCAAUGUAAAAUAACUCAAUCAACAGGUAUGGCAACCCAAAUGCAACUCGAGGUUAAUUUGGCGGGAAAUCGCAUGGCCGCCCGCGUCUUGUAAAGGCGAGACAACUAAAGAGUCAGUAAAGACAAAAACAGAAAGAGGAAAUUGUUUCUGUAUCCAUGUUGUCUCGAGUAUUAAGCUUCUAUUAAUUGUUAUGUCCACAAAUUUGGAAAUAGAGAAAGGGAAAGGCAGAGAAAAAGAGAAAGUAGGCAACAGGCCAGCGAAGAUCAACGAGAAAAAACAGCGACGGAGAGCUAGCAAGAGAGAGAAAAAACAAGGGAGACAUUUUUUGCUGAAAGAACAACGUGAAAAUUUUGUAGCGGCGGGGAGAAAAUGGGAAAUGCUAGCGGCCAGCGAGGUGAAAUGAGCGGCAGUGAAAAAAAAAAGUCAACAAGAAUUCGUACGACAUUUCCUCCAUAAACCUUUUACUAGAAAGUUUCUAGAAGUUUCACGUUGUAGUCGUGCAAAACAACGGCAGAAGCAACUGUGCUGCACGUGCAGAGUUGAUCUACUGUUGUUUGUUCACCGUUCUCGUUGCCUUAACCGCUUAGUAUUACACGAUUUUAUAUUUUGUUUGAACAAACUAUAAAUAUUAUCGAGAGCUUCACUUUUAGCUCUGGCUAAAUCUAUAUAUUAUGGUCGACGAAGGACCUUUGGAUUGACCAACACUAAAAGUAAUUUUUGUUGCCGGGUCAUAGGCUCCUAGCUGCUCCUGUUGUUGGUUAUUUAUUUAUUUAGUCGUAUAAUAGUGACCGGGUAUAUUGUAGUUCUUACACUGAAGCAUCAUUUAUGUUAUCUUUGUUGUUUAACUAGAUAUUCCCGACUCGUUAUCUCCGAUGUCCAUCCGCAGUUACUGUUAAUGUGUUGAAAAAAUUUCUGAAGAUGAAGUUCGCAAUUCCUAACACUCAUCAGGUAUAACCGACCGACCGCCUUCUGACUAAAACGAAGCGUUAAACUUAAUUAUGCUCUAACAUACUACCGACUGUUGACUGUUGGUGCACUGAGUGACAGACUGCUUUCUUUAUCUACUACUGUUUACGUGAAUUCUAAAUGAUUGUUAAUAAUGAAUUACCUCUGACCUUAGUCGAACGACUGACUGUCCAACUGGCUAAAUGACUAAGUACUGAAUCACUUGCUGCCGACUUACUGCUGACAAACUGGAUGAGUGAAGGACUGGUUUAAUGACUUACUGACUGACGGUUGUGCUGGCAAGCUGACAGACUUACUCGACCAACUGGCUGGCAAACUGGCUACUGAGUAACUACUCACUGACUGACUUUCUAAAUGAUUGGCUAGCUGCCUGAUUAACUGAAUCAGCCUGUCUGACUGACUGAUUGUGACUGACUGACUGACUGACGAACUGACGGACUGACCAUAUGACUGAAUGAGAGAUUACUAUAACAUCGGCGACUGACUUACUGACCAACUGGCUGGAGGACGGACUUACUAAGUUACUAUGAGUGAUCAAAAUAGCAUCUAACUGUCUAGCCUAAGAAUAGUUUGAUUAACUGAUCGUUGACCUAACUUUUUGAUUAGUUGGUUUCCUCAUUUGAACAAUGCUUUAUCUUGCAGGCUGAACUCAUCCGUUCUGAUGAGCUUCUAAGCGACUCGCUUACGAUGAAAGAAAUAUCCCAGAUAUAUGGACUUUACACAAAAGUGAGUAUGGCGAUAUGACGACCAAACACAUUCUUACGCUUUUAUACGAGUGUAUCAUUUCUUUUCUUUUAGUGUUUAAACUCGUAUGAUUCACCCCAAAUGAGGUGAAUCCGGAAUACAGCUUGAGGAUUCCGGAAUACCACUAAUAGUUGGAAUCCGGAAUACAAUCCCACUGACAAGGAAUCCGGAUUCCACAGCGUGGAAUCGGGACUCGAAGACUGUCUUGGAUUACCUCACAUUGGGCGAUAUGAUAAGAAGAGAUGUCCAGUGAUAAUACGACUUAGUACAACUUGACCACUGAAAUGUUUGUAUUACUGUGUCAAGCAAAGUUCGUGAAAUGUUUCUUUGAACUGACUUUUUAUAUCACAUUCUUUCUUAAAAUUUUUAAAAACUAGUAUUAAUCAGAAAAAAAAAUAUUAUUCUUAAUUUCGUUUCUAAGUACUGUCAUUUCUAAAAACCAACAAAAAAUAACUGUUAUCUUUCAGUCCUUCUUGGAUCUGCAAUACUCUUUCUUGGAUGUUUGUGAAGAUGACUUAAAGAAAAGUAAAGAAAACAUAGAUGAAGUACCACGAAAGAAACUCAAAACUAGUGGUGCCCAAGAAAUAUUUAAAGAAGAAAAGAAGGAAUGCUUGAUAACAAAAACAGAACCUUUCGAAAUAGAAGACGGACAAAAUUUACCAAAUAAUUCAAGUUAUACAUCAAACGAACAGCUUUAUCAAAGUGACCUUUCCACAACACUUCCAGAGACUCCUCCAAGUUUUGAACAAGAUCCCAUUGAGCAAGAUACCGCGUGA